AUGGCGUAUCUAGCGCGCAGUCUCACCAUCCGCCCGUCCCUAUCCACACGCAUAAGCAGUCCAGGGAUAACAGGAGCAACGCAAAUAUGUUGCUGGCGACCACGCACACAUUUCCCAGGCGGCACACGAGGCCUCCGCCACACACACUCGCGCGCAACUGAAUUCCUGCAAAACAACGGCCCCGACCUCUCAGACUCUCAACGCACCGUCCGCGAAGCAAUCUCCAAAAUCUGCCUCAACUACCCAGACGAGUACUGGUUGCGCCUCGAAGAAACCAAGACCUUUCCAGCAGACUUCCACACCGCGCUCGCAGACGCCGGGUGGUUGGGGAUCUGCAUGCCGGCUGAAUAUGGAGGUUCCGAACUGGGGAUCGCCGAGGCCGCGAUCAUGAUGCAGACGAUUGCCGAGUGUGGUGGGGGCAUGGGCGCUGCGUCGUCGGUGCAUAUGAAUAUCUUCGGCCUGGAGCCUGUGGUCAAGUUUGGGAGUGAGGAGCAAAAGGCGCGAUGGCUGCGCCCGCUUAUCGCGGGGAGGGAGCGGGCCUGCUUUGGGGUGACGGAGCCGAAUACAGGGCUCGAUACGCUGCGGCUGCAGUCUCAGGCGCGCAAGACCGAGUCCGGAGACCAUUAUAUCCUCUCGGGUCAAAAGAUCUGGAUCUCGACUGCGCAGCAUGCGCACAAGAUCCUCAUCCUCGUCCGGACGACACCGCUAGAUAAAGUACAGAAACCGUCGCAGGGCCUCUCCCUCUUCUACACGGACCUCGACCGCUCCGCCGUGGAAAUUACCGAGAUCCCCAAGAUGGGCCGCGCGGCCGUCGACACCAACACGCUCUUCUUCGACAACUGGCGCGUCCCCGCGAGCGAUCUCGUCGGGGCCGAGAACGACGGGUUCAAACUCAUCCUACAUGGAAUGAACGCCGAGCGCAUCCUUAUCGCCGCAGAGGCGCUCGGCCUCGGCUACGCGGCGCUCCGGCGGGCAAGUCUCUACGCGAAAGACCGCCGCGUCUUUGGGCGGGAAAUCGGGCAGAACCAGGCGGUUCAGCACCCGCUUGCAAUCAGCUGGAUGGAGCUCGAGGCUGCGCGGAUGAUGGUUUACCAUGCGGCGCGCAUGUACGAUAGCGGUUAUGCCGGAGGGGAGUAUGCGAAUUCGGCAAAAUACCUUGCGGCCGAGGCGGCGUUUCGGGCGUGCGAGAGGGCGGUUAUGGUGCAUGGUGGGAUGGGGUAUGCAAAAGAGUAUCAUGUCGAGAGGUACCUCCGUGAGGCGUUUAUCCCGCGGAUUGCGCCGGUGAGCAGAGAGAUGAUUUGUAAUUAUAUUGGGGAGAGGAUGCUGGGGUUGCCCAAGUCGUACUAG